AAGUUGGGAGAGAAGAAUGCCGGGCCCAGAAGAAGCUGAGACACCGACGGUGACGGCACCGAACACGCCGGGGACACCGGGAGGGCCACUUUUUACUGGGCUGAGGGUGGACUCACUAUCCUAUUCAGAUAGGAAAAUAAUACCAAAAUGCAAGUGCUUGCCUGUCACCGCUCCAACUUGGGGUCAACCCCACACGUGCUUCCUUGAUAUUCCUGCUCCUGAUGUUUCUCUAACUCGCAAGCUUGGAGCGGAAUUUGUGGGAACCUUCAUCCUGAUAUUCACGGCGACAGCAGGACCAAUAGUGAACCAGAAGUAUGAUCAAGCAGAAACACUGAUUGGAAAUGCAGCCUGUGCUGGGCUGGCAGUGAUGAUCAUAAUCCUGUCAACUGGACACAUUUCUGGAGCUCAUUUGAACCCAUCACUCACCAUUACUUUUGCAGCUCUACGCCACUUCCCUUGGGUCCAAGUGCCUGCCUACAUUGCAGCACAAGUAUCGGCUUCCAUAUGUGCUUCUUUUGCUCUUAAAGGAGUCUUCCACCCCUUCAUGUCUGGUGGGGUUACCGUUCCAUCUGUGAGCAAUGGCCAAGCUUUUGCGCUUGAGUUCUUCAUCACUUUCAAUCUCUUGUUUGUUGUCACUGCCGUUGCCACUGACACUCGGGCUGUGGGAGAGCUGGCAGGAAUAGCAGUCGGAGCUACGGUUAUGCUGAACAUUCUUGUUGCAGGGCCAUCAAGUGGUGGUUCAAUGAAUCCAGUGAGGACUUUGGGGCCAGCAGUAGCUGCAGGAAAUUACAAGGAAAUUUGGAUUUAUCUGGUGGCACCGACGCUUGGAGCCCUAGCUGGUGCUGGCACCUACACGCUUGUGAAGCUCCGGGACGACGAGGCUGAUCCACCCCGUCCAGUCAGGAGCUUCCGUCGCUAGGAUCGAUCGAUCAUGCAGCGAAUGAUGGUGUGGAGCAAUACGAUAGAGGCAUGAUUAAUAUCUAUGAAAGUUUGAAUAAAAAGGUGAUGCGACGCUGAGUCCACGGCCUACAGUGUGUUUGAAUAAUGGGGUGCACUUGGAGUGGUGAUUGCCAUCUCUUCAGUCAUCAUCUCUUGACAUGUAUGUAAUUAAUGUAGGGCUCGACGAAGUCCUUAAUUAUUUUGUGUGUUUUAUUUCCUAGCUACGUGAGAAACAUGUCUCAUCACAAUAUUAUUGUCUUUCUGUU